AUGAGUAGUGAAAAGGUCACUGUUGCGACCUCUAAAGAUGAAGGGAGUAACAUAAAGUUUAUCAGAAGGGUGAUAGUGGGUAUCAUUUUGGCAAUUGCAGUAUCAUUUGGGUUACCGCUAUUUUUUUCAACCACCACUAUAUAUAGAGCAGAGUUACCGAUAAAUCAGAUAAAUGACAAAGUGGUGAAUUUUGGAAAUGAAGUCAGCUUCAGAAUACCGGUGUACUUGGACUUACCCAAUUCUUUGGAGCACUUUAUUCCUACAGCACAAAAUUAUAUAGAUGAUAAAUUAAGAUCACGAUUCCCCCAACUUAAUAACAUCUGGUCAUUAGAGUUGAAAAGAAUUAAUUCGAAUGUCCGCGAGGAGAGAGACUACAUUGUUAAGUUUGAGUAUAUUGAACCACCAACUGGAGAAGACGAGUCUUUACCUACUGAAUCAUUUUACAUUUCACCUUUUAGUAAGACCAGUGUAUUAACAUUAACCGAUGCGGUGGUCAAUGCUAAAAAAGUUGAUGACUUUUUAUCGGUGAUUUUGUUGGAUCAAGUAUUCAAGGAAGAAAUCGAACAAAUAAACAGGUUAAUAAAUGAAGAGUCCAAGACAUCAACAAGUAAAGAUGUUGUAUUGCCAUAUUCACCUAAAUAUAAUAUAGUAUUUUCACUUUUAACUGAAGGAGGGAAAUCGAUUAGUUGGGAUAUUGAAAAAUCAUCUGAGUUAUUAAAGCCAAUCUUCAAAAAGUUAGCUCCGUUUGCUAACUUUACUAUUAGUAGUCAAAUUCAAUAUUAUUCUACAUUGACUAAUUCCCCAAUAUAUGACGAAAAUGAAAAUGCAUUCAUUAUACCAGAGGAAGAUUUGUCAACUUUUAUUAACCAUGGUGACUGGAAUUUGAUUACCCAUGAUAUUAAUCCUACUAUAAACUUUAUUGUAUAUUUUGGACAAAGUAAUUAUGAUCAUAAACCAUUAUUAGUCGAUAAUUCUAAGACAAAUUCAUUUUUGAUUCCACAAUGGGGUGGAGUGAAUGUUUUCAACAAAGAAUAUACAGAAGGACAUUCGAUUAAUAUAGACGAAAAUGAUUUAAUACCAAUUAUGGAAACAUUCACUUCGCAAUUAUUUGAAUUAUUGGGAAUCGUUAAAAACCCAAAAUCUCCAAGUAUUAGAUUCGAUUCAUUAUCAAGAAUAAGUGCUUAUAAGAAUUUGAAAAAAUCAUUAGAAAAUUUAUCAUCUUUGGUUAAAUUAACUGAAUCGUUGAAUGAAAUCAGUAUACCCAAAUUAACUAAGGAACAUGUUUUGCAAACAUUACAAUAUUUUGACAAUUCAGUCAAGGCAUUAAUAGAGCAGCAAUUUGAAUUAGCCAUGACCUAUUCAUCUAAAAGUAUUCUGAGUUCUGACAAAGCAUUUUUUGAAAAAGAAAUGGUUCAACAAGCUUAUUUCCCCAGUGAACAUAAAUUGGCAGUUUUCUUACCAUUGCUCGGGCCAGUUUCUUCAAUUAUCAUCAUUGGUUUAAUCAAGUUGGUGAAGGAUGUCAAGGCUAAUAACUAA